CGGAAGCAAACUUGACUUCCGGUAUGUUCACGGAAAUGCGAAAGUAGGCUGUAUGAAAUUGUAACUACUUCCGCCUUCAGGGGUCUGACAUUCAGAGAAAUGACGGCAACAUUGCGCCCAUACCUCAAUGCCGUGCGUGCUACCCUGCAGGCCGCCCUCUGCCUGGAGAAUUUCUCCUCCCAGGUGGUUGAGAGACACAACAAACCAGAGGUAGAAGUACGGAGCAGUAAAGAGUUGCUCCUCCAGCCUGUGAUCGUCAGCCGUAACGAUAAGGAGAAAGUUCUGAUUGAGGGCUCCAUCAACUCUGUCAGAGUCAGCAUUGCUGUGAAGCAGGCAGAUGAGAUUGAGAAGAUUCUGUGCCAUAAAUUCAUGCGUUUCAUGAUGAUGAGAGCGGAGAACUUUUUCAUCCUGAGGAGGAAACCAGUAGAGGGCUAUGACAUCAGUUUUCUCAUCACCAACUUCCACACAGAGCAGAUGUACAAACAUAAACUGGUGGAUUUUGUCAUUCAUUUCAUGGAGGAAAUUGACAAAGAGAUCAGUGAAAUGAAGCUGUCUGUCAAUGCCAGGGCUCGUAUUGUCGCCGAAGAGUUCCUCAAAAAUUUCUGAGAAAGAACGAGAAAACCCGGACAUACAUUCCUUUUGCAAUCUUGGCCGUCACUGUGGAGCUUUCGCAUCACAGAGCUCAGAGCGCACAAACUCUGAUCAGCCAAGGGAAAUCGAGAAACAUAAGACGUACAGUAAAGAUGUACUAGCCAGUGGGGUUUUGCCCUUUAACCUCAAAAUUCCCUUUUGCUCAAAAGUGUUGACAUUUGUAUACAAUGAAUAUUCACACCACAUAUUAAUUUCUGCCUAUAUAACAUUAGAAGUCAGGGCAGGUCCUUUAAAAAGGUAUAUGUAUAUCAUGAGCACAGGGUUAUAUGGAUUUUUUUAAGCGUAUAUAUAUAUAUAUUUUUAUCUAUCUAUCUAUAUCUAUACAUAGAUAGGUAGAUAUAUCUAUAGAUAUAUAUUAAUGUAUGAUAUGCACAUUUAAUUUAGCUAUGUUUUGUUAUUACAGACCUUAAACCAAGAGGGCAAUCAAUUGGUGUACUUUUCUUGUAUCAGUCCACAGAAUAAAACCUAUUGUACAUGGAAAUAAUUAAAGUAAAUAUACUUGCUUAAAUUGAAAAUAAAUAAAAAGAUUAUUCUUUGUA